AUGGGACUCAAUGACACACCAACACAAAACGGAAGUCAACAUGGACUCACUGGCACACCAACACAGAACGGAAGUCAACAUGAACCCAAGGAAGCACCAACACAGAACGGAAGUCAACAUGGACCCAAUGACACACCAUCACAGAACGGAAGUCAACAUGGACCCAAUGAGGCACCAACACAGAACGGAAGUCAACAUGGACUCAAUGACACACCAACACAGAACGGAAGUCAACAUGGACCCAAUGAGGCACCAACACAGAACGGAAGUCAACAUGGACUCAAUGAGGCACCAACACAGAACGGAAGUCAACAUGGACUCAAUGAGGCACCAACACAGAACGGAAGUCAACAUAGGACACAAUGA